AUGGAGGGCCGGCCUGUCCCAGACUUCUCCAAGCUCCAGGAGCUGCUGGCGCCGCCGUGUCUGGACCCUAAGGCGUCCCGGGCGCCCCCUCUUCAGCAGACUGCACAGGUGCUGCCCACACUGUCCCUUGUCCCCAGGUCCUUCUGGCCUGCACGCCAGGACUCCGUCACUGCCCUGCGUUUUCUCCAAGAAACAGCAGAGGGGCUGGUCCAGCGCCCUGCCCAGGACACCCAAACCCUGGGUGCCUGCCGGGAGCUGAAGGCCUUGGAGUCUCUGGGACCUUCGCCUCUGGCAAGGGAUGCCGAGAACAUGCUGACCCCAAUCAGCCAGCAGUGCUGCAGCUCCAGGCCCCCAGAGGCUCCCCCAGCCCCCUCAGCCCUACCCCAGAGGAGGCCCCGGAAGCAGUCAAAGCCCCACCGGGGCGCUGAGAGAGUGGAUCCCCGGUUUGAGGGGGUGACCCUGAAGUUUCAAAUAAAGCCGGAUUCCAGCCUCCAGAUCCUAGCCAGCUACAGCCUGACCUGCACUAGCCGCUCCCAGGGUCCCUCCACAGGCCCUGCAGGGGGCCCUGAGGCCAACUCAGGAGGCGGCGAGGCCCUGGGGCCCCGGUGCUGUGCUUCCUGUAGGACCCAGAGGACCCCACUCUGGAGAGAUGCUGAAGAUGGGACCCCGCUCUGCAAUGCGUGUGGUAUCAGGUACAAAAAAUAUGGCACCCGCUGCUCCAGCUGCUGGCUGGUGCCCAGGAAGAGCGUCCAGCCCAAGAAGUUAUGUGGCAGAUGUGGGGUGUCCCUGGGCCCCCACCAAGGCCCGGCUCAGGAAGGGUAAGCCCUUCCUCACCUAGCUGAGCCCAUCCGGACUCAGUUUCUCCAGGGAGGAGAUGGGCAGGAGCCCUCCUGGGAGGAGUGGGG